CCAGUGGAGGUACAUACACUGGUUGAAUACUGCAAGAAACUGUUCAACCGCUGCAACCACUGCCAACAACAAAAAGAAAAAGGCAACGUCAGAACCAUGCAAGGCAAAUAAAUAAACAGAACGUCCAACGAGGACUGGAAAGGCGAACAAGAUCGGGAAGGAUAAUCAAAGCUAAAAAGUUCAAGGCUCAAAUAUUAUGCAAAUGCAGAAUAUCCUGUUUACAAAAAAUAGACAUCCUAAGACAACAGGAACUGUUCACCGCAUUUUAUGAUAAUUUGGACGCGAUCCAAAAAACUUUGAUUCUUCGGGCUUCGACUACGGCGUCGCCAACCAAAAAAAAGAAUCAAGAAAAUUUUGUGCCCAUUAUUCCACUGCACAAGAGGGAGAUGAAGAUCGAGUAUAAGUUGGUCGAUGGUCAAGGAGUUUCGCAAAAAGUUUGCAAGAAGUUUUUUCUUGGUUUGUACGCAGUGUCCCCGUCACGAGUUUACAGAGACAUAAAAUCCGCAAUUUACAACCCAAGUGAAUCUGAAAGGCGUGAAAGAUCAACACCACCAAACAAAACCAGUGCCGUGACCAGAAAUGGGGUCCACGAAUUCAUCAAUAAAAUUCCGAAGUACGAAUCGCACUAUGGAAGAUCAUCGUCCCAAAAAAAGUAUCUCCCUCCUGAUUUGACUCUCAUAAAGCUUUUCGAUUUGUAUACAUCUCGGUGUCUAGAAAAGGGUCUGAUUCACGUGUCUAACUACAUUUUUCGUCAAAUUUUUCAUACCGACUACAACCUUAGUUUUAAACGAGGCUAUACAGAUACGUGCAAAAAGUGCGAUAGUUUUAAAGCGAUUCUACAAAUCCCUCUUCUUUCUCCAGAAUAGCGAGAAAGCACCAUGAAAUUGCAGUAGGAACAUUGGAAAUUGAGCAUGCAAUUACAGGCCCAGUUUAAAGAAGACGUCUCUAUGGGAGGGACAGACACCGUUGUGUUGACUUUUGAUUUGCAAUAGGCCUUCGCAACACCUUUCCUGUCCGUUAACAGCGCUUUUUACAAACGACAACUAUGGACAUACAACAUGUGCAUUUAUGAGGAAAUGCAGAAAAAAGGGUAUAUGUAUGUUUGGACAGUAAACGUGGCUUCUCGUGGUGGUCAGGAAAUUGGUUCUUGUUUAUUGAAUCAUUUGAGAACCCGCCUUCAACCAGGAGUCAAGAAAAUUAUCCUGUACUCGGACAGCUGUGGAGGCCAGAACCGCAAUAUCAAAGUUGCGAUGAUGCUGAAACAUUUUCUAGCUUCCAGCAAAGUCGACUUCAUCGCGCAACGGUUUUUUCUAUCAGGGCACAGCUACAACAGCUGUGAUCGAUGUUUUUCAUUCAUCGAGAAAAAAAGUCGUGAAAAAGAAGCAGCUGCAACGCCCGACGCAUGAACAAAAAUUAUCGAAAGCGCCUGUAUUGAUGAUUUCAUCAAUACAGGUUUGGUCCAUCUUUUUCCUUUCACGAGACCGAUCACGAAAGCUAUGUAUGAAGAUUUAAUGGACUUGAUGGAAUUUAUUCUAGUGGGAUGUAGCGCAUUUUAUGAAGAGUUAAUCUCAGAUGACAAAAACCAUCGACUGCGGUUUAGCCAGCGGUGUUAGUGAUAGCGAAGAAGACUGAAAAAGUGUGAGAACAAAUUGAUAGAUGCUUGUGCCUAAUUUGUAGAAUAACUUACGUUAAAAUUUUU